UAUCAUCACUUCAUUCUCAUCAGUCUAUUGAACUUCAUUUUUUUCUCAUAUAGAAAAAAACUUGAACCCCUUCUCAUGGAAACAACACUUGGUUUACUAGGUGGUGAUGACACAAGUUCAAGUGUAUCAAAAAUGGAGCAUGAUUAUUCAUCUUACACUGAUGAAACUGGGCUUGAGUUGGGUUUGGGCCUGGGCCCAAGUCUAACAAAGGUUAAGAAAUCAUCAAGAACAUGGUGUGAGUAUGGUAGAAUCUUGACUGCUAAAGACUUUCCUAAUGGAUUUAUUACGGGGACAGUUAAUAAUAUGUGUGUUGAUUCUAGUACUGAGAAUACUGGAAAUGCUUCCACAAGUUCCAGUCAGGUUGUGGGAUGGCCACCAAUAAGGACUUACAGGAUGAAUAGUUUUAAUCAAUCAAAGAUUACAAAUGCUGAUCAAGAAGAAAAUGGAGCUAGUGGGAACAAAGAGAUGGAGGAUUCAAAGAAGAAAUUUAAUCAUGGAAAUACCAAGAACGAGGCAGAUUUUGUGAAGGUGAAUAUGGAUGGAUUGCCAAUUGGAAGAAAAGUGGAUUUGGGUUCUCAUACUUGCUAUGAAACCUUAGGCAAAACCCUGGAGGAGAUGUUCUUUAAAUCGAACAAAACUACAAAUUCUACUAAUUGUGGAGAAAAUGAACAAGUAAAAAAGUCAUGUAAGCUCUUGGAUGGAUCAUCAGGGUUUGUUCUCACAUAUGAGGAUAAAGAUGGAGACUGGAUGCUUGUUGGAGACGUUCCAUGGGGGAUGUUUCUGAGCACUGUGAAAAGGCUAAGAAUCAUGAGGACUGCUGAGGCCAAAGGACUUGGUAUGUAGAACAUGGAGAGACACAAAGAAAAUCGAUCUAGUGCACUUAGCAAAUGAAAUGAAACCAUAGCUUGGAAAGACCAUAUCGGAAAACAGUACAAGUAGAGAAAGCAAAGAGUACACAUUUAGGGAGUGCUUUUUAAUAGUUUUGUUUCGCAAUCAUUUUUUCUGUCUAAUGUAAGCCUCAUUGAAGUUAGUUCUUAUAACCCGUUAUAGUUGAUACAAAUGUUUGCUCGA